CUAAAACGCAUGUCGCUCUUCCACCGCAACAACCUGGUUGCCAAUUUACAGUUACUUCACCGGAUUCGUUUCGAUCGAGGGACGUGAGAGACCUUGCCAUGCGUAAUCAAGGAUUAGAGGCAUUAGCGGCGAUUGCGACAGCAAGCUCGUCUUCAGGGCACACGUUUAGUACCAACACGAAUCAGGAUACAAACAGUGCACAACAAAACAGCAACAACCUGAAUGAGAACAGAGCCUUCCUGGGCACGAAAGAGGCUAUCGGAAAUGCAGGGUGCACGAGUGGCGUACAGAACACUUCUACUUCGACAACUGCGGCACAAGCACAUCCCGGCGAAGAAGUAGGAAGCGCGGUGCAGCAAUGGAUAUCGACUGGUGCCAACCAGACCACACUUGGCAACACCAACCUGGCCUUCUUGACUGGUUUGCAGCAAUCGGAUCCAUCCAUACUACUUGCUAUGCAGAAUUUAGCCUACUACCAACUCCUCAUGCAAUCUCAAGGGCAGAAUCAACAGCUUUAUUUUCAGAACGGGAUUCCGAACCCAAAACUUGGAAUGCCGGCUACGAAACAUCAAGCCGCUAUGGAAGUACUUGGGGGCAUUCAUUGUCAAUCGAAUCCAAACCUUAUUGAUAUUCAAGAUUCCAAGGCCCCUGACAUCAAAAAGCAAGUCCUGCCGAAAGCACUAACUGUAAAUGGUCCACACAUCACAGACUACUUAUCGAAUAUCUCCUAUGCAGGUUCCGAAACGUCUGCUACAAUGUUUCCACCAACUUCCUCCAAUGUUUCCAAAGCAGGCGACGCGUUGCCAUUGCAACCCCAAGUACUCGCGCCGCAGGCGUCAGAUGCCAGUUUUCAUACAAAGGAGUCGUCACUGCCUGUGUAUGCGUCAUCCCAAAAAGAGAAGAAGCAACAAAAGCGCGCAGCAAAUCGUCGUUCAGCUCAGUUGAGUCGUAAGCGCAAGAAACAGUUCGUGGAAGAACUGAAGGAAGAGAACGACGAUUUGAGGAGGAAGGAACAGAUUCUCAAAUCUAUUCCAGAUCUAAUUGUCGUAUUCGAUUCAUCAGGGAAGCUACUGUUUGUUUCGCAAUCUGCGUCACAGUUUCUAUCCUUCUCAAGUGGGGAGCUCCUAGGCACCUCCUUUUGGGACCGCAUCUGCGACGAUAGCAUGCGAUUGCUCAAGGCUGCCUUCAUGGAUUCGCUCGCGGCCCGUCAGCUGGACUCAGAGACUGCUCCGUUGGGCUCUGGUGUGUGGGAAGUGCGACUCGUUGACAAAGAUGGGAGCGAUAGUAUUGUUACGCUGAAUGGUGUCGUGCACUUUGCUGGUGACCGCCCGGAAUGUGUUUGUAGCAUGCGCCCCCGUGAAAAACAAUCAUCAGAGAAAAAUGGCAAAGCGAACAGCAAUUGUAAUGCUGAUCUGGCAAACGAUUCUUUUCCAAGCAAGAACUCGCCUCACCAGUCGUUGCUGCGUGUCAAGCCUCAACAGUCAGUCGUAAGUAAUGACAGCUCCCAUGGUACCCGCCGCAAGGUCAAGCUUGCUGCUUAUUCAAAUGUUGGAAAAGGUCGGGAAGCUGUGCGUAUCAGCGACUCAUGCAACAGCUUAAGCGGAAGCAGUGAAAGCGGCAGCUCUGAUGGGCUCAAUGGAACCGCCUAGUUGGUUCAUUUCUGUGGAAAAUGUGGGACUUCGUAGCUUCACAUUUAGAACUUAUUUGGCAAAUCCCGACAUUUGGGAUGAACGGCUCUCAUAUGAGCCACACUUUGCUAGAAAAAAAUUUAACGUAAGAAUAAUAUACAGCU